AGUGCAUCGUGAUGGUGCUGUACACAUUAUCCAGCGACAUCUUCUCUAUCGUCAACUUCUUCAGCUUCUUUAACUGGCUCUGCGUCGCCAUGACCAUCAUCGGCAUGAUAUGGCUGCGACACAAGAGACCUGAACUGGAGCGCCCCAUCAAGGUGAAUCUCCUACUCCCGGUGAGUUUUGUGGUAGCGUGUGUGUUCCUCAUUGCGGUGUCAUUUGGGAAGACGCCCGUGGAGUGUGGCAUCGGCUUCGGUAUCAUCGCCACUGGGGUACCCGUCUAUUGGUGGCAGAAAAAACCCAGCUGGCUCAUCAAUGGCAUCAGCUUGUUGACCGUGUUCUGGCAGAAGCUGCUGAACGUGGUUCCUCAGGACUCAAUAAACUCAUCCUUUUCUCCACUGCAACCCAAGCCGCUGUAUCACCACUGAAGCAGUGCUGGACGGUCAAUGUGUGUUCAUCUCAGGCUGAUCACUCUGAAUACUCUAUGACCUCUGAUCCCUAACCUUUGACCCCUAACCAGUGGGGUAUAUAGGGAGG